AUGACAAAUACUCAAGCUCCUUCUCUCGCUCCUACAACCUUGACUGCAAAAGCAUGUACUCAAAAGAAGAAGAACAAAAAGAGGAAAUCAGCCGCCGCCUCAAGCAAGAAGAACUGCAAGGGAAAAAAGAAAGCUAAUCCGGAGGACUUUUACAUCAAAUCAGCCAAAGUAAGCUACAUGAAGGAGUUGAGAGAGCUUGGGCUGGAAUAUCCAGAGAUCAAAAAGGCUGUUGAUGAAGAGUUCCCUGCCAUUCCUGAAAUUCUUACCAACUCCAAAGAGGAUGAAUCAGACUCUGAUGCCAAUAGUUCCUAG